AAUAGCUCCCAAGAAGGAGCUCCUGAGGAGAGCACCUUUUGUAGUCACUCUCAGCCACCCAAGCAUGAGUGUUCUUCUUCUUUAGCUUGAAGAAGACCCCCUUCCCCUUUCCAAGGUUUCAGUGUCACUCCAUGGAGAAUCUAAAGAUUGAGAAGCAUGAGUGGGUAGUAGGUCAGGGUUUCCACUGUGAACAAAGUACAUUUCCCAAAGAUUUGGGUGCAAUUUCUCGACACUGCUUGUUUCAAUCUGAUGCCAAUAUGCCAAGCUUUUCCUCGAUGGAAAAUGUUGGGGGAGCCAAAGGUUCUUGUUCAACCCUGAGUGACUGUCAGAUCAAUGAACAUUCUGUAAGUAAAAGUUCCAAAAGGAAGGUUCAUGGAGGCAGCAAACCCCUCCAUGAUAAGUCUCAGGUGGUUUCCUCCAGCUUUGAGCAGCUUGCAGCCUGUACAAAUGGGGAGAUUAUACCAAAUGAUGAUGGAGUUGGAGCCUCUCAAGCUUGCACAAAAUCUAGCUUUCGCUUGGAUUGCAAGCAGAUUUAUAAUCUUCAGGAGCAAAGAGAUGAUGAAAUUCCGAUUGGUGAUCUCCAGCAAAGCACCUCAUCCUCCUCCAUUACCACCAUCAACCACUCAUCUUCUCCGUUUCAAGAUGUCACUGACAAAGACAUGACUCAGAUGCCGAAGAAGCGUAGAAGGGCAAUCUCAGACCUCUCACCAUGGUACAAAGAGGUGACAGGGGCUGCUCGACAGCAUGAUAGUAUGAGCAGCACAGAAUUAGAUUGGGCACGAACUACUAACCGACUUACGGAGAAGAUUGUUGCUGAAUGUUUACUAAGGAGCAGCCAGUCAACUGCCCGAUCAUGGCGAAGGCUGAUUUGGACUACUCAGCUGAUGCAGCAAAUCUUUCCUCCUCUGCCAUGCAUAUCUCUUACUGCUAAUGCCUCCGCUACAUAUGAAAACAUUGCUUAUACUGCUGCUAAGUUAGCAUUAACAGAUGCAUGCUGUCAUAUCUGCAGCACUGAAGUAAAUCGAGUCCAGCAUUUGACAGGUGGAGAUAUGGUAUCUAAAGAAAUUAACAUGUCUGAGAAGGAUGGAAAUUGUUCUUUCUCAAAUAUACUGGAAAAUUGCCUUCAGAGAUUCAGGAAGCUUGAGACUGGUUUUCUGAGAUGGGAAAAAGGAUAUUCAACAUUGGAUUUGAGAAUGGAAUGCCAUGACUUGGAGAAGUACACCACCAUCAUCCGGUUUGCGAGGUUCCAUGUACUAGCCGAGACUGAUAGAUUAGAGAACUCAAUCCAAACUGCAAACUGUGAAGUAUUUCUCCAGAGACAUGUGACAGCUCUCCAGACCCCUGAAAAGCUUCCUAAGGGCCUCAGCUAUCUCUCUCUCUAAAUCACCAAUUACUCACUAGCCUUUUCUUUUAACUUCAUCACCUGCAGCAUCUUCCUACAUGAACACAGCAAAAUGAGAAAAGGAAGGAAUGUAGCUGCAAAUGCAAUAGAUGGAAAAAGCUGAUGCAAAUAUGGUGUGGGUGUUUGUCUUCUGAAAUGGACAUCAUGAGAUGC